GAGAUUUGCAUUUUUUGGAGAGAGAGAUUUAAACUCCACUGUUGCCAAAAAUUUCUUCAUCGAUAUCUGGCGCUUGGGACUCUGAAUCACUCUCUGAAGUACCAGAGAUUUGAUCUGACAUUGACGAUAGAAAUGUUAAGGAGAUAGCCUUAAUUUCUUCUUCAGAUUUUGCACCUGCCAACAUUGCCAACAUUUUUGAUUUUUGAGCCAAGAAAAAAGUUGUCUCUGGUGUUUGGUUAAGUGUUUAGAUUUUUGAGUUUUGUUCUUUUAUCCAGGUAAAAAUAUUUGACGGUAAAGGUUUGAGGGAAUUUUGUAUUUAUCCCACCACUUGACUCUGAAUUUUCUUCGGAUAACAGGAAUUGGAUCAGAAGUAAAUUCAAGGGUCCAUGAAAAUAUCCAAAGAAAGUGAAAUUUUGAGUGGAAGAGGGCUAGUGGGGGAAAUUUCUUUGCUUCUUCGGACGGAAAGAAAUUUGUCUUGAAGAUUUGUAAUGAUUUUUGGAUAUUGGGUUUAAAUAUUUCUAUGAUAGAACCAAAGUAGUUCCACCAUGGUAUGAACCAAUAGGGAUAUUUGGAUAAGUUAUAUGUGGUGUCAAAGAAGAUCAAUCAGGUGUGUUUGUGUUUAGGAGAUUGGAUGAAAAAAAGAAUUGUACUAUGCUUGGCAAUAAUCCCAAUAGUUAAAGAGGACAUUAUAAUAAGGGAGAUUUUUAAGAUUUUCUGGAAAAUUUAGAUUGUCGUUAAGAUCAUAUUCUCAAUCACAUGGCGCAAUGAUUUUAUGGAUUUUGAAGGUGGAAUAAGCAGCAUCAAUGUGGUUUUCGUGUAGAUAAAAAUGUUUGAAGCACACUCAAUAUGUAAUUUCCAAAAUGGUUUGAAUGAAUAACACAGUUUUAUCUGUAUUAGAAGAAAUUAUUUUUGCCAAAAUAUUUUUUGAUUGUUAAAAACGGAUCAUUGUUUACAAAAAAUCUCUUUUCGAUGUUUAUAAUAUUUUGGUAUGUGUGUUUUUCAAAAUACUCCGAUGGAGCGGUUUGGAAAAUCUCCUUCAAAAUAAUUUGUGAAUUAUUUGAAAGUUUUGAAACAAUUUUUGAGUUCUGCUUUUUUCUUGAAAUCAUUUUUCAAGAGACCUUGUUAUAUUUUGAAAUAGAUUGAGAAUGAAGCUUUUUGGAAGAUUCUCCCGACUCUUGCUUUGAAAAACUAAGUUCGAAAGCUUUUUGCAACUGUAAUAUUUGACGCCAUUUUCUCAAAAAGAAAAAGAAGUAGGAGAAACAUGAUAUUAAAUAAAAAAUGUAUAGUUUUAAAAGUUUUUUAAUUUAAUUAAAUAAGUAAAAUGAUAUUAAAUUUUAAUUUUAAUUUUUGUUUAGAAACUGAAUUACAUACUCACCAAUAAGGUUGCUUUUAGCGAAAAAUAAAGAUUUAAAUGGCACUGGAACGACCAACCAUAAUCCUCUGUUACUGUGGCAGAGAGCAAAGCACAGACGAAACUGAAAUUCAAAAUUCAACAUCAAAUUUUAAAUUUCACUAGCAAGCAAAUAUCUAUCCCAUUUCGUCUCUCUACGCUUCUUCUUCACUCGUCUUCUCCUCUGCGAUGUCUACUACCAGAAAGAGAGCACGGGCAGAGCCUCAAUCGCUCGAGAAGCAAGCGCCCAACGCAAGACUCCAUGACGAUUUCGAAGAUCUCGAUGUUUCCAGGUCCUGAUUCAUAUAUCUCUCUCUUUGCUUACCUGUAUCAUCUCAGGUUACAGAAUAUUUAGAAGAAUCUUAUGCAUUUUAUUUGAGCAUUAUUUGUGUUAACUUAAUAGUCUCAGGAUCCUUGUAUCGCAAGCAAAUUUUUAUCAAUUAGAUAUAGUCAGAUGAACGUUAGGUGUUUGACAUCUUACAAGAUAAGAUAUAAACGGAACCAUGCUGAUAAAUUUCUUGGCUUACAAAUCUGCAGACAGAACUUUGCCAAAGCACUUACAAAGAGUUCCAAGGAGUGUGAGAGUCUCUUGAAGGAAGAAGCAGCCAAGUUUGAGCAGCUUCAUCACAAGUUCAUGAAAGAAAAAGCUGAUCAUUUACAGGGUCUUAAAGACACUGUUUCCAAAUUUGAGGAGGGCAAGGAGAGGCUCUACAUGCGAUAUAAGCAACAAAGGAAGAAGGAGAAGACAAUGAUAUCGGAACAGGAGAGGUUCUGCACUGAAAAACUUGCUCAAUUGGAAGAGUCGCUGAACAAAUAGAGGAUGACAAAACUUUCAGUAUAUUGAGGAAAACUCUCGGCUCUUUUAUGGAGAAUGAAGCUUCUGAUGAAGAGUUCCCACCUGAUGAGUGAAACAUUCUCUCACUUGACGCUUAAGAAAAAAAAAAGGGGUUAAAAUAGCUUUACCCUCUAACUUUGAUCAGCCGUAUAUUUUACCAACUAUAGCAGAAAACAAUAGUCUUUUCUGAAGUAGUGUUUGAAGACUUUGAAUAUUAUAGGCAUGAAUGACCCUUGUUGCCUUCUAUUCUAUGUUAUAGUUUCAAAUGACAGAUUAAUUACAUAAAAUAUAAGCAGAUCUUUGUCAGAUAUGUUUUCACAUCAAGAAUCAUAGAUAUGGGAUCCAAUUCGACUCAGAACCAUAUUAGCUGUAGCUAGAGUUCAUCUGAUGUGAUAUGUAGGCUAUUUGAGGUGGAAGCCAUAUAUCUAUGAAACUGUAGACGCAAAUGCCAUUCAGCUAGUGGCACACAAUGGCAUAGAACAACACGUUCUACUCUGAGAAUUACUUUUACCUGUCAAUGAGAUUACCAGUAACUGAUUCACGUUGUUAGUGAUCCCACCCUAUCUCAAGGGACCAUUAACGCUAAGUGUCUUUCUAAAAGCUAUUUUCGGUAACGUGGGAAACAUCUGAGUGAAACUGUGAGACCUUCAAAUAAUUCAAACAAAGAGUUGUCAUCUGUGUUUGAUCGUUAAGGAACUAAGAAGCACUGCCAUUCAUUGUUCCAAACCUCACCCACUCCUGCAGCAAAAGUGAUGGUCCAAUUUAACCCGACAUACCAGGACUAGUUGGUUUAGAGCUCACUGGUUCAAUGAGCCGAAGGUUUAGAGAUCAGUGGUCCAAUAUUCCUUCGGCCGGAGACUAACGGCAAGCCAUUGCGCCCACCGAACUCCUUUAAACUUGGGCCAGUGGGUAGAUCUCACCAAACCAUUCCCGGACAAGUCAGGACAACGUCCCAUCACCUUAAUGUCUCCACUCGGAUCAUAAGCUUGCGUUACUAAGCUCGACAACCAUAACUUGUGAACUAAACUUAUAUAUACAUGAUGUAAAAGCUUGUUUUACCCGAUGUGUGACUUUUAUUGUUGUAAGAAUUAGACUGAAAUUAAAACUGUACCAGAUUAGACCAAAUACAAAACCGGUUAAAUUCUGGUUUUUCUUCUACAUCCGUUUUCUAAUACACCGUUGGUAAACCAGAAGUAGAAAGGUCUGAUUGUGGUAGAUGACGAAUUAAUUAAGACAUGAAGCUAUAUCAAUAAACUAAACUACCCACCGCAGAGUGCUUCUACCGGUCUAUUUUUAUCCAUACUACAUACGUUCGGUUAGUGAUUUUGUUCUUCACGAGACUUGCGCUAGUCUUCCCCGGAAGUUAAGGCAUGAGCUACACAAGCACACACUUACUCUACGACCAAACACUACUCCAGAUGAGGAGCAUGGUUAUAACUUAUUCCACUGCACUGUAUGUAAGCGGCUCUACAGUGGAUUCAAGUACGACGGUAUGUAGCAAAUCUUGCGAUGUCCAGAUAGAUGUACGAUGUACUUCAGUUAGGGAGAGCCGCUCAUCCAUGAAAGCCAUCCACAGCAUCAGUUAUUCCUUACCUCCCCAGAAGCCAAGUACUGUCAACUGUGGUGCUUGUGGAGUGAAUGCAUCCACUGUGUUUGGACUGCGUUGAUUGUGGCUUCGCUUUGGGAUAUGACUGCAGCUCCACUCUUCAUAUCAAAUGCGUGGUUGGGAAAUUCACAUUCUGGAGAGCAGGGAAGAUGGCCAUAUCACGUUACGGAGUCGCAAUUGUUCCUAAUGUUUUCGCAUCUCGGCCGUAUUGUUAUAUGUGCCAGUCCCGUUGCGAAGACACAACAGGUAUUGGUAUCAUAUAUAUCUCAGGGGAGAAUUAUAUGUUCCUCUAAAUGUUUACAAGAGUCGCAGACUCUGGAGAUGGCACUUGAUCACUUGAUCGUUUUGGACUUCGAACAUAUUAGCCAUAGCUAGGGCGUUAUGUAAUAAGAUUCCCUUCAACUCUUAGGUGUUCUUUUCAAACGAACAUUUGUUGAAGAAGAAACUAUUGAUGUUUACGAAAUAAUCUUAUUUUUAAUGAAUUACAACCCCAAUAUGGCAAUAUUACAACCGUAUAUACUAAGUUUGACGAAUUGCAUGAAAAGUAGUAUUGUUUUUUUUAUAUUAAAAGUAAUUCUGUUGGAUAUAUUUUGAUUUUGGAAAAAAAAUAUAUAGUGCAGCGAUCUCAAAGGAAUCAUGUGGGGAUUGUGGGCGUUGCAGCAAAUCAGAGAGAAAGCUCAGGAUGGCCUUAAGAAGAAAGAAGAAAGCAUUUUUGACCAAAGGAUUUUUUAGGCAAAAGUGAUGGUCCAAUUUUAACCCGCAUACCAACCAGGUGGAGGCUAACGCCCUGCUGGAGAUCUGAGAUCACAGAGCGAACUCCUUUUAAAUUGGGGCCAGUAGAAAGACCUCACUAAACAAUUACCUGGCAAAGUCAGGACAAUGUUCCAUCACCUUAUUGUCUCCCCUCGGAUCACAAGCUUGCGUUACUAAGGUCGACGUUAUGUGCUUGUGAACUUAACUUAGAGCAAGUCCAUCAAUGAACCCCCUCUUGGGAUUCAUAAGUAUUGUUUAUUAAUUUAAUGGUGGGGCCUGAAUAGUGAUGAACCCGGAUCAAUACUGCUUUUCCAUCAAUGAACCUGAAAGUGAGUUUAUAAGAAUAAAAUAAUAUUUUUGAUUUGAGAAAAAAGGUUAAUUUUUUUUUUUUUGAAAAGUGAAUAUUUAAUAUAAUGAGAAUUGUAUUCAAUCAAAUGGAAAUAAAUUUGGUUUUUAAAUUUUGAAAAGUGAAUAUUCAAUAUAAUGGAAUAAAGUUUGGUUUAAUUCAAUUCAUAAAAAUUUUAUAAUAUUUCUUAAAAGUUUUUAUUCAAUACAUUGAGAAUUCAUGAACAUACAAAGAUUAUUCAUCAUGAUUACCAUAUUUUUUCCAAACAUUUUCAACUAAAUCAGCUUUCAAACGCUCAUGUAAAUGUGGAUCUCGAAUUUGAUUGCGAAUGGUAAGCAUAGGGACAUUGACACUUUCUCUACUUUUCACUUUCGAACUUCGACUAGACUCUCCAGACUCGAACUCAGAUGUAUCAAUUUGAAUGUAUCCGUGUCGCUCGUCCUCCACUAUCAUAUUGUGCAAUAUGACACAAGUUCUCAUUAUCUUUCCUAUCUUCUCCUUGUCCCAUAGUAGAGCUGGGUUUUUAACAAUUGCAAACCUCGAUUGCAAUACUCCAAAAGCCCGUUCGACAUCUUUUCUGGUGGAUUCUUGACGUUCAGCAAAUAACUCUGCUUUUGGACCUUGAGGGAGUUUGAUGGAUUGGAUAAAUGUUGCCCAAUUAGGAUAAAUUCCGUCGGUAAGAUAGUAGGCCAUACGAUAAGUGUGGUUGUUGACCUUGAACUUAACUUUAGGGGCUCGACCUUGUAAAAUGUCAUCAAAAACUGGUGACCGAUCAAGAACAUUGAUAUCGUUGAGGGUACCUGGUAAUCCGAAAAAUGAGUGUCAUAUCCAAAGAUCUUGUGAUGCCACAGCUUCUAAGACAAUUGUCGGCUUUCCUGAACCACGUGUGUACUGACCUUUCCAAGCCGUUGGGCAGUUUUUCCACUCCCAAUGCAUACAAUCGAUGCUGCCUAUCAUACCCGGAAACCCGCGUGCCUCUCCAGCGUCAAGUAGUCUUUGAAGAUCUUCUGGUGUAGGUCUUCUUAGAUACUCACCUCCAAACAAUAGUAUUAUCGCAUCCGUGAAAUUUUCCAAACAUAAAAGUGCAGUACUUGCCGCAAGUCGGAGAUAUUCGUCAUUCGCAUCUCCGGCUUUACCAUAUGCCAACAUUCGUAUUGCUGAAGUGCAUUUUUGAAGUGCAGAUAGGCCGCACCUUCCGUGACCAUUUCUUCGUUGCUGAAAGUAUGGAACUUCAUUAUUUAGGCGUUCGACAAUGCGAAGGAACAAAGGUUUGUUCAUUCGAAAACGCCGCCUAAACAUUUCCGGUGGGUAUGUUGGAUUUUCGCUAAAAUAGUCGUGCCAUAGUUGAUUGUGUCCUUGUUCCCGAUCUCUUUCGAUAUACCCUCGUCUCUUCGGGUUGUUGGCAAUAACGGAGUCCAUGAAAUCAUCAAUUUGUUCGUCGACCAUUUCUUCAAAUACCUCAUAUACUUCAUCAUUUGAGGAGCUUGACAUUUUUCCCUUAUUAAAAAAAAAUUAUAAUAAAAUUUUAAAUUUUAUUAUCUGCCUAGUAUAAAAUUAAGUUUAACAAUUUUUAAAAUGUUAAGAGUUUUAAACAAUACCAUACUCUAAUUACAAAAUCGAAAAACUAUAUAGAGUUUUAAACAAUACCAUACUCUACUUACAAAAUCCAAAUACUUAUGGAUUUUAAACUCAUGAAAUUUUAAACUCAUGAAAUUUUUACAAUUUUUAAAAUGUCAGUUUUAAACUCAUGUCAGUUUUAAACUCAUGAAAUUUUUAUUUUUAAACUAUAGCUUAGUGAAAUUUUAAACUCAUGAAAUUUUUACAAUUUUUAAAAUGGCAAUUUUAAACUUAUUGCCAAUGUUUGACUACAAAAAGAUAAAUAUUUUUUCAAUACAAACGUGCCAAUAAGUAAUGUACAAGUAGUGAAAUAUACCCGAUUACUCUUUCGAAAUGAGAUAGAAAAGGAAAUGUUCAAGUGCUCUUGUGUUCUUCGUUGGUAGUAGAUCAAGUGCGAAUCAAAUACUAUAGGAACUGUUUAAGUUUAGCAAUGAAAUUUUUCUUUUCAUACAGAGAAACAAUGAGAAGAAGUUGAGUUCUCAUAUAGAAACAUACGUGAAGAGAGCAUAUUAAUAUAUGCUUGUUUGUUACAUAAAACCCGUGACAUGAGAGUAGUGUAGAAACAAAGUACAACCCGUGAAUUCAUAACAUAGUAGCAGUGUACAAACUAACAAAAUAGUACACUGCAUCCGUAGAGAAAAAGAAACAACAGCCAAGCAACAUCAGACAAAGCAACCCGUGAUCCAGACAUGAUGAUCCCGUGACCUGCAAAAAAAAAA